AUGAACACAACUACAACAACAACCAACUCACCUUUGGUUGUAAACUCGGGUAAAGUUGGCAAUAACAACUCUUCGUCUACGACCACCACGAGCACAGCCUCUCCUUCCAUGUUGUCCACCAAUUCAUCCUCUUCAUCGGUUCAUUCCACCACGAACAAUAAUAGCAACAACAACAACACAGUCAAUCCAUUGUUUCUUCAACAGCAACGAUUGCUUUUACAACAACAGUUCAUGAUACAACAACACAACAAUAACAUGCAACAAGCACCACAGCAACAACAACGAAAUAGUCCAACCGCUCUACUCGGUCAUAGCACUUCUCUUGAUUUAAGCAAUGUAACGAAUGGCAAUGGUGGUACCAACCCUUCUCAAUUCACUCCUCGUAUUUCAUCCCUCUUGCAAGAAACCAAACAAACGUUGCACAUUUCAGAUCUUGAAUUUGGACCCAUUCUCUCCAUUCUCAAUCAGAACAUGGUUAAAACAACCAAUGCCUUACAAAAUUGUGAUCAUACAGAAUUGUAUAAUUUAGGUGUUCCUCUCAUGUUUGCCAAAGACCUCAUGAGAAGAUUUCAACAAUUUCAGUUGAUGAGUCAUGGAGCCGCGAGUGCUCAUUCCAAUCCAUCUGCCCAUGCAACAGUACCACCAUACGGAGUUGUAGCUACACAAUCCUCUCAAACCAAUGGAUUGGAUUCUUCGCUCAAUACUACCAUGAAUCAUCAUCAUGCAAACACACUUCCACUCCACCACCAAUUGACCACAACAACAUCAACAACUAACAAUCCUCCUAGUUUUGGAGAGUUGGAUCAACAACAACUGAAUCAAGUCUUGAACUUGAUGAUGGCAGCUCAACAACACUCCUCUCUUCUUCAGCAGCAGCAGAAUCAGCUCUACCUCAAUCCAAAUAACAUUUCUCCGGUGAGUCAAAGCAGUAAUAAUAAUAAUAACAACAACAACUCGAAUCCAUCAACAAUGCAACAAGGAAUAACGAAUUCAAUGAGCCAACAACAGCAACUUCAAGCUUCUAGAAGUUCUCCUCUUUCGAAUAAGAGUAACGGGGGAUGUGGUCCCAUGAGCCUUAACAACAACAAUAACAACACGACCACUACUACCUCGAACAUCAACAGCAACAACAACAACAACUCAUUCGUUCCCUCUUCAUCAUUCACUUUGGAAGAUCUCUAUCAUCACGCCGGUACCAGUUAUUCUCAAAGCUUGCACAACGAUGAUGACUUUCAGAGCCUUUUGCAUUCCUCCUCGACAACAAUGGGCACUUCUGGCAGCAUGAUGAUUCCACAACCAUCCUCAAGCAUUCCCAAUCAUCAAGGCUCAGGAUCUGCCAGCACUCUAAACUUCCUUUCGAAUAGUUCAUGUGCCAGCUCGUAUCAAGACUUGUUUGGCUCCUCAGCGAAUAGUCUUUCGAGUAAUCACCAUAACAGCAUGCUUGUGGAUACACAGGACGGUCGUGCUGUAACCACAACCUCAUCGUUGAAUCAUUUGCACAGUAGUGGAACUCCAAACUCGUCAUCUGCAGCCAUGAUGAUGAAUCAUACAUCUUCCUCAUUGAAUUCUCUUUCAUCCUCUGCCAAUCCUUCCUCAUUGAAUUCAUCGGUUGCAAGUCAUCCAUUGGCCAUCAUGCUCUUGGGAAAUAUGAGAAACUCAACUGCCACGACAACGACAAGUGGUAGUGCUCAGAACAGUCUCUCCUCUUCAGGCAUGAUGAGCUUGGGUAGUACUGGAAGUGUUCCGAGCAGCUCAUUUGGAAGUGAAAGUAUGUUGUUACACGGAGGAACCUCCAACCACCAUCAACAACAACAACAACAAGUAGGAAUUAGUUCUUCACCUCCUCUCAUGUUGAAUGGACCAACCACUACUCAUACCACUCUCACCAUGCAACCUCAUGCGCCAAAUUCCAACAACUCUUCGCAACAACCAUGGCCACGUCAAACUCUUGCACACAAUAAUACCAUGCUGUCAUCGUUUGAAUCUCCAGGCAGUUCCUCCAUGUCAUCCCAUUCUCACAGCAAUUCAUCUCCUCAGGUCAACAUGGUUGGAAUGUAUGGCACCAGCAAUGCGUUGAGUGUCUCUCCAGAAAUGGUUGUGGAUUUGGUUGGCAGUAAUGAUUCUUCACAUCAUGUGGUUCUCCCUCAGAAUGGAGGUUCUCUUCUUGCCUCUAUGGGUAUCAUGAUGGCCAGUUAUCCAUGUCGUGUCCAUAGCACCGAUGAUGGGCACAAGCAUUGGCCAAAGAUUGCUACAUGGUAUCAACAAGACAUGAACUCGGGAGAGAUGAAGGAUUUAUUCACCGUGGUCAUUAGUAAGGAUAAUCCAAAGAAGACCACAACCAAUAGUUCGACCAAUACAAGUUCGAGAAAUUCUUCAACCACCAACGCCACCACCUCUGCAACACCAAACAAUAAUGCUGCUCUGGGAGAAGGUCAAGACACUCUUCUCGACUUUCGAAACAAGUACAUGAGAAUUUCACUCUCAGAGUCUGCACGUGAAGGACUCAUCAAGAUUGAACGUUUGGAGAAUGAUGAUGUUUGGGGUUUCCUCACGACAGAUACUGCUUGUGGAGCUGAUUUUGUGGAUGAGUUGAAACAAUUGGGAUUCUCUGACAGUUCAGUCACCCUCCCAACGAAUACACCUCUUCAUAAACAAGCCAUGGGCUUUGAGAGACUCUCUCAUGAACAAACUGGAUCUGUGGUUGUGAAACGUGACGAUCAACUGUUAUUGAUGAAAUUCCCCAAGUAUGGAACAGAACAAGCCAAAGGUCCUCGAAAGAGAAAACUUCUUUUAGUGAAAUAUCGAUUCAAGCACAAUGAAAUGAAUUAUUCCUUCUUCUCCUUAUUCAAUUUGAGAAAGGAAAAUAGCAAUGCAGCCAUGAAUCGUGACGAUAUUUGGUUGAGUAAUUUAUUCUUGGAGAGUCCAUCUUCAUCACCAAACAGUGGUAGUAUGAGAACGAGUCACAUGAGAGGAGGCUAUCCAUCCUCCAUGUCUGGCUACGAUAGUAACAAGAGCUCUCCACAAACCUCAGAGAGUACAAGUCCUCCACGUAGUAGUCACACCACUCUAUUGACUGGUAAAACCAAACGAACUUGUGAUUGGGAAUUGACAGAAUCUGAUCAAUUGCAAUUCAGAUCCAAUUCUCCAAAAUCUGGAAGAGGUGGUGUCGAUGUGUGCUGUUCCAUUGAUUUUAUUUCAUUGAAUGAUAGAGAUCAACAUUCUCCUUCUCUCAAGCGAAAAUUCGUUGCAGAUCCUACCAUUGAAGGUGACAUGUUCCUCGUUGAGACUUCAAAGACCUAUGACUUUUUAGAGAAGGGAUUUUUCAAGAUUGUUCGUGUGACUCAACAUGUGGAUCGUGUGGAUUUGGUUGUGAGAAUGCCACGUCCAAUUCGUGAAACAACAACACCUCAGGAUGUCUAUUUCCAUGUCUUGUACAACAUGAAAGUCAUUCAUGCAAAUCCAAUUUCUCGUCGGCAAGGUAAAUUUACCUAUGAUCCAAUCGAUAAGGAAGAAUUGGCCACUCAAUUCAAGGAAAAGAUUUUCGAAUAUUACAAAAUGUAUGGCUCUCAAUUUGAGGAAGAGGUCAAACGAUCGGCAGCAGAGAAAAUUGCGAACGAAAUUCAAAACUUGUCCCUUUCGAACAGUAAUGAUUUUGGUGAUUCAAACAACAUGUACAAGAAUUACUCCAAUUUGUAUGUACAAUUUACAGAAUUGUACUAUAGAGAUGUCUUUGAGGAUGAAGAUUUGAAUGAGGACGAAUUCAUUAAGGCAGUCAAUACCAUUGGACACGAGACACGAGAUAUCUAUGGCUUCUCAUUACUCACUCACUACGCGAUCAGAGGCAUGAAGAAACACUGUAGAGUUCUUUUGGACAAGUUUGGCAUGUCCUUCGACACGAAAGAUAACUUUGGUAUGGCUGUUUUCGAAUGGUGCAACUUGGCAAAAAAUCCAAACAACAUUUUAGAGUUGGCUCUUCAAGAGAAGAAGGCAAAACCUGUCAUGAGACAUGCCAUUGCAACUACCCCUCGAUCACAAAAUAUUAACAUUCGACCACAACCAGCUGGCUCCUCCUCAUCAACCGGUCAUCAUCAGCAGCCACCCAACGCCUUGUCAACUUCACCUCCUCAAGGUGGAACUUCACCAAGAAAAUCUGGAUGGAUUUCUGACCUAUUCCGAAAGGUAUUUUAUUCUGCCUCUGCAGGUCAACAAGUCACAUUCGAUGAAGAAUUGACAGAAGAUCGCGACAAUACUCCAAUUGAUGUAAAUAGCACGGCCUAUGACGAAAGAUUACUUUCAUUCGAUGAGAGACAGGCCUCUCAAUUCUUCUUGGAUAAGUUACGAAAGUUGGAUGAGAAGAUUUCAAACAAGACAGGAAAUUCAACACUCAAGAGUCAAAUGUGGAAAUCUUUAUACAUUGAUGAAAACAAGACCAUUGAGGCACAAAACGCAAUUUGCAAAGAUAGAUUCAUGUAUAGACACUUUGGUAAGGCCAUGGAGAAUAUCAGUGUAAAACACAAGGACGAAAAGAAACCUUCUCUCAUGACAGUCAAGGUCAUUAUUUCAGACACGACAAGUGAUUUCAGAAAUUCCAUCUUUGAUCUUUUCAGAUCCAACGAGAAGGAUAAUUUGUUUGGAACUUUCCACACGGGUCUAUUAAUUGGUCCUUGGAGAUUUGAUUUCUAUGACCAUUCCAUUGUGAGAGUGAGAGGAGACUAUCGAAACUUUAGAAACGAGUAUGCUGUCUCUGUCAUUGAUUUUGGAAGCUAUCACAAAAUUGAUCAAAUUAAGAAUGCACUUGAUACCAUUGCUUCUGUUUGCAUUGAAUACAAUGGAACCAAGACCUACGAUGCUGUCAAAUGCAAUUGUCAACACUUUGUGGUGGAUGUUUUACGUCGUCUCAAUUUAUGGCAAGAGAAAUUACCACAAGCUCUUACACCUUAUGAAAGAUAUAUGGAAGAUUUGAGAAAAGGCAUUGGUGAAAGAAGAUUCUAUUUAUCAAAGGCAAUGCUCGCCAAAAAGAAGGAAUUUCCAGAAUCUAAAUAUUGGGAUCGUGAAUAUGUCACUUUCAAUUCGAGAAAGGAAUUGAAUGAAUUCUGUCAUUGGCUCGACAGUAUCAAGUACUUUGAAUCUGACGAUGCAUCUGUGGACAUCCGACUUUUAAAGUCCUUUGAUAGAUCGUUCUGUUUGAGAAAUAUGAAUAGUGAAGAGGAACAAACAGAGGAAGAUAAGGAUACGGUGUGGUUCUUCUCUGAGGAUGGAACUUAUUUAGCCAACUCGAUGAGUAAGCUUGUAUUUAACUUACCUGGUUUGACAUUCCCACCUCCAUGUCGAGUGUAA